UUUCCUUCAUAAAUAUUUUGUGAACUAUAUAUAUUCCUGGUAAAUGUUCUUUUAAUAUAAAUGCAAAUUCUUUUUUGGAUUCUAAGGUUAUAUAUCCAGCCUACACUCCUUCCUUGUCUGAGAACUUUCUUGUAGUACUCCAGAGAGGCAAUCUACUUUUUUUUUUUUUUUGCCUCUCUGGCCAUUUUUUAUUGGUCCAGUGAUAGACUCCUGAUGAAAGUUGGAAUAAUCACAAUCCCAGCUCCUGAACUUGCAAUUAAAAUAUAGUUCAUCCAUUUUUUCCUCUUAAUUGCUUAUAACUAGGAAAUAAAUGUUAAACCUGAGUGAAGUGGCCAUGUUUAUACCUGUGUAGAUUGAAAGCAAAAAUGGCAUUUAAAGAGGAAGAGAGGAAAGAAAGGAAAUAAAGAGUAAAGAGUAGAAGUGAGAAAGAAAUAGGGAGUGGAGACAGAAGCCUAGAAUACAGUAGAGACUAAGCUACUUUGUUCUAGACCUGUCCAUUCCCAGUUCUAGUCCCUCCCAAGUCCCUAAUGUAUUAUUGCCCUUGGAUUCUAUAGUAAGACACAAGUAUUCUAAUAAUAAGACUCAUUUAUUUAACCUAUUUGGGGGGUGGUUCUUGCAACCAAGAGACUUGACAGAUACAUAAAGUCUUGAGUACUCAAUUAGAUUACACCAUUAAGCUUAGGUAUUUUAUUGCAUGCUUCUAAUAUUAAUUUAAUGAAUGGAAUAAAAAUGUACAAUAUUAGAGAUAACUAAUCUAUAGUAGAGGCUUUUAUUAUGAAAUUUAAUUUUGUAAAUAAUUUGUGAGAUCUUUUAAAAGAUAAAUGCUGCAAAAAGAUUUAUGGAAAGUCUUGUUAAUUUGGGUUUCCAUCCAUUAUUUUAUGUGGCCCAGAAACAUUUAAAAAUAACAUUGAAAUUGUUACUAUUUGAGUAUCUGUACAUUUUUUCAGGAUUAUUAUAUUCUUUUUUAGAAGACUCUUUUUAAAACUAUUUGCUGCUUUCAGUGUGAACAGAAAUAUUUUAUCAUUUAAUUAAAAUCUUUCAACUUUAUAAAUAAUUCUAAUUUAUAGAUCAUAUGGAUUGAGUCAUGAUUUCAGUAAUGGUGAGUACUGUUCAAUGAACACAUAUUCUGUUACUAGAAAGCCUUAAGUAUUUUUUUUUCAAACUGCCUGACAAGGCUAGAGGUUUAAAAUGUGAUUUUAUAAAGGAGGAUUUUAUCUGAGUGAUAAAAAUGGGAGUGAAAAAAAAUCUUUGAUCCAUUAGCUUAGGUACCAACUUCUAUUCCACUAAUAUUAAAAAAACAUGGACAUUAAGGGCACAUUUUCUUGGGUAUUUAAAGUCCAUGUAAAGAGUUUGGAUCUAUUACCAAGAUCUUUCCAUAAGAAAAAUUGUCCAUCAGAUUUUAAAUGUGACCAGCAUGUUCUCGUAUUUUGAAAGUUUAUUUAAUCAAAUUUGUUUCACCAUGUGGAGGAAAAUAUUCUAAAGUAAGUUGUUAAUUUUCCUUGGUGGCACAGUGGUUAAGUGCUCAGCUGCUAACUAAAAGGCUGGCGAUUUGAACCCACCAGCCACUCCACAGGAGAAAGAUGUGACAGUCUGCUUUAGUAAAGAUUCACAGCUUUGGAAACCCUAUGGGGCAGCUCUGCUCUGUCUUAUAGGAUCGUUAUGAGUUGAUAUGGACUGGACAGCAACAUUAUGGGUACCUUAUUAGUAUUAAACCAAUCAUAAACUUGGCCCAUGCUAAAUUUUUCCAGUUAGCCAGCUACUUGGAGUGCCAGAAUACAUGAUAGUGUGUAUUGUUGAUUAAAACCUUGGCUAAAGGUUGGUUCAACUGGAGAGACUCUCAGGUACCCAACCCCACUCCCCCACCCCAAAAGGUGCUUUCCCCUCCCUAGGGAUAAGUGAACCUUACUCCCAUGCUAAGGUGCCAGGAUCCCCGGUCUAUCCACUAGGGAUCUAUGAGUUGCUUCCUGAGAAGGAGUUGAGAUAUCUCCUGGUUGAAAAUAAGUUUAACCUGUUGUUCCAGAUUAACCUUACUUACUUUUUUCUGUACUUUAUUUUUUCAUUUUAAUUUCACCCUGUAUCUUUUCGAUCUUGUUUUCUCCCCUUUUCAAGAUCUCAGCGAAUCUCAGCUUCAAUGCGUAUGCAUCUUAGUUGUAGUAAUGAAUGCAGAUAUUCUUUACAAAUUGUUUUAGAUAAUGUAACAAGUCAAGAUAAUAUGCUUACAGAAGUACGCAGACAUUGUCCUUAGACGAUAUUUACAAAUAAACUCUCCACAACUCCUAAAACUGUCUACGGCAUUUGCAUAGUAAACUAGUUCUAGCUGAUCUAUCACUUAAGUUUAUACCCCUGAAACAUGUGUUUGCAUCUCUUCAUCUACGGUCGUAGCAGUGUGUUGAGUUUAAUGAUGUACAUUCUUUCUUUAGGAAUAGACUGAUAGCUACACAUCUUUGUCUGCUCAGUUUCCCUCACAGCACUCAGUACACACUGAAGUAGACACUAUAUUGGAAGCUUCGUGAGGACAGAGGCAGGGUUUGUAUUCCCAGAACUUAGCACAAUGCCUGACACAUAGUAUGAAAUCAGUGUUUGUCGAAUAAACAAAUUUAAAAUAUAGUUAACUCUGUGCUUGCAUCAUUUCCCAAAGUGUCUGCACUAAUUCCACAUUCAUAAUCCCACGGGAGAAUAGAAAUUACCGCUUUUAUUUGUAAAUCACCCCCUAUAUAUAAUCAGUGGGGUUUUUUUGUGCAAAUCUCAGUAAAUGAAACACUUUUUGGAGCAUUUUUAGCAAGCUUGAUUUAAGUACAACACAUGGUGGCGCUGUAAGCUAAGGCUGUGAAAAACAGACCUGCAGAUGGUUACUGUCGAAGAGGAGAGUCUUUCUUAACUGCAUUGUGGCAAAGAUUCAUUCCCGGACCCAUCUACAACCCACAGCAGAUUGCCGGUGGACAGACCCAACACAGGCAACACUGUCUGAGACCUUAUGUCACAAACGGCUUUUGGUGUUGGAGAAAUGGAGGCUGAAGAGGAUCGCUUUCCUAGACUAAGGCAAGUUCUGCUUCUCUUUGUUUUGCUGGCUCAGACUCGCGCCGAGCAGGGAGGCUAUGUUGUGGCAGAAGAAAGAGAGAGCGGUUCUUUUGUGGCCAAUCUAGCAAAGGACCUAGAGCUAAGGGUUGGAGAGUUGGCCUCGCGGAGGGCUCGGGUCAUUUCUAAGGAUAACAGAAAACACUUUCAGCUGAACAUUCAGACUGGAGAUUUGCAAGUAAAUGAGAAACUGGAUCGGGAAGAACUGUGUGGUCCCAUUGAUCCUUGUGUGCUGCAGUUCCAAAUGUUACUGGAAGAACCUUUGGAGGUACAUAGGUUUAAACUUUUGGUCAGCGACAUAAAUGACAAUUCCCCUGUGUUCCCAGAAGCAGAAAUGAUUUUGAAAAUCUUGGAAAAUAGUCUUCCAGGGUCUGUGUUUCCCCUGCAGAAUGCACAAGAUUUAGACGUAGGCAUCAAUAACAUUCAAAACUACACCAUCUACCCAAAUUCCCAUUUCCACAUUCUCACCCGCAAUGGCGGCGAGGGCAGAAAAUACCCAGAGCUGGUGCUGGACAAAGCCCUGGAUCGUGAGGAGCAGCCUGAGCUCAGGUUAACUCUCAUGGCAGUAGAUGGCGGGGCUCCUCCCAAGACGGGGACUGCCCUGGUCCUCAUUGAUGUCUUAGAUGUCAAUGACAAUGCCCCUGAGUUUGAGCAGCCGCUUUACCAUGUUCAGGUACCCGAAAACAGCCCCCUCAGAUCCCUUAUUGUCACUGUUUCUGCUAGAGAUUUAGACACAGGAAUAAAUGGUGAAAUAUUGUACUCAUUUUUUUAUGGUGAUGAAGAAAUUACCAAGACAUUUGCACUUAAUGAACUCACUGGAGAAAUUAAAAUAAUCCAGACACUAGAUUUUGAAAAAAUUGUGUCAUAUGAAGUGGAUAUUAAGGCCUCUGACGGGGCAGGUCUUUCUGGAAAGUGCACUGUCAUCAUACAGGUGGUGGAUAUAAACGACAACAUCCCAGAACUUACUGUGGCUUCACUUAUGAGCCCCAUCCGGGAAAAUUCCCCUGAGACCACAGUAGCUCUUUUCAGUAUUCAAGAUCGAGACUCUGGGGAAAACGGAAGAAUGGUUUGUUCCAUCCAAGAAGAUGUUCCCUUCACACUGAAACCUACCGUUGAAAAUUUCUACAGGCUGGUGACAGAAGGAGCGCUGGACAGAGAGAGUAGAUCAGAGUACAACAUUACCAUUACAGUUACCGAUUUGGGGUCUCCAAGACUCAAAACUGAGCGUACAAUAACUGUACUGGUCUCAGAUGUCAAUGACAACGCUCCAACUUUCACUGAAAGCUCCUACACCCUGUUCAUCCGCGAGAACAACAGCCCCGCCCUGCACAUGGGCAGCGUCAGCGCCACAGACAGAGACUCAGGCUCCAAUUCCCAAGUCACCUACUCGCUGCUGCCGCCCCAGGACCCGCACCUCCCCCUCGCCUCCUUGGUCUCCAUCAACGCGGACAACGGGCACCUCUUCGCUCUCAGGCCGCUGGAUUACGAGGCCCUGCGAGCCUUCGAGUUCCGCGUGGGCGCGACAGACGCAGGCUCCCCCGCGCUGAGCAGCGAGGCGCUGGUGCGUGUGGAGGUCGUGGACGACAACGACAACUCGCCCUUCGUGCUCUACCCGCUGCAGAACAGCUCUGCGCCCUGCACGGAGCUGGUGCCCAGGGCUGCCGAGGCGGGCUACCUGGUGGCCAAGGUGGUGGCAGUGGACGGCGACUCAGGUCAGAACGCCUGGCUGUCCUACCAGCUGCUCAAGGCCACUGAGCCUGGGCUGUUCAGCGUGUGGGCGCACAAUGGCGAGGUGCGCACCGCCAGGCUGCUGAGCGAGCGCGAUGCCGCCAAGCACAGACUCAUCGUGCUGGUCAAGGACAAUGGCGAGCCGCCAAUGUCGACCACCGUCACGCUGCACGUGCUCCUGGUGGAUGGCUUCUCGCAGCCCUACCUGUCGCUGCCGGAGAUGGCCCCGGACAAGGCACAGACUGACUCGCUCACUGUCUACUUGGUCAUUGCCUUGGCGUCUGUUUCGUCGCUCUUCCUGUUCUCAGUGCUCCUGUUCGUCGGGGUGAGGCUGUGCAGGAAGAACAGGGCCGCCUCUGUGGGUCGCUGCUCUGUUCCUGAGGGCCACUUUCCGGGACAUUUGGUGGACGUUAGCGGCACUGGGACCCUGUCCCAAAACUACCAGUAUGAAGUCUACCUGGCAGGAAGCUCUGGGACAAGCGAGUUCAAGUUCCAGAGGGCUAUGAAUGAUGUAGAGGAAAAUUCCAACUUUGAAAAUGGUUUUGGAUUCAAUUAGGAAUCCGCUGGUUUUUCAGAGCAUUAUUUUAAAUCAGCUGGGUCUGUAUUAUCUUUGUAGGUUUAUGUAAAUUUUCUUGGGGUUUUUGGUAACUUCAUUUUCCUAAUUGAGAUUAGAAAAAGAAUUUUGAGUGCUGUAUAUCAUCAUAUUUACUAUCAUCAUUUUUACUAUCUUUUUAUUAUUCCCAUUUUGGAGUCAAUAGAACCUUCAACUUCAUUAUUGAAAAGUUACAACUACUUGUUCAAUUAAUGACCCCUUCAAUUUCAAAUUCUACUGAAUUGAAGAUGACCUCAACUCCAUUCUCUGUGAUUGUUGUUUAGAAAGCUUUUCUAAAUUUUUGAUGGCUGUGGUUACUUAGAAGACAAGCAUGAUACAAAUAUAAGAAAUAUCUUCUGUUGAUCUAUACUGUGCUUACUUGACUUUUGAAUUUUUAAAUGAAGAGAUUACUGCAAAAAUUGUGUGGUUUUGUUGCACAGUUGUAUUACAUGAAAAGAUCACAAUUUCUCCCAUAGUUCCAUACUUACAAACUUUCUCUGCUCUUUAUAUCAACCUUCAGUAUAUAAUAUAUAUGAAUAUUAAAUAUUAUUGACAGAUAAUUACAUUAUUUCAAUAUUUUUAAAUAAUUGAUCCCUUCUGUGGUGUCUGUCUAGCACACCCCCUCUUCCUCUGGAAACUAACUCUCUUUAGUAGUGGUGUACUUUUCAGUCAUGUCUAUUUUAUAGGACUCAUCUUCUGUGAUUUUAGAUCAUCAGAUAAGGCAUUCAGUCUGGGUUGAUCCAGUUCUCUCUGUUUCUAAAAUUGCUUUGGAAGCCAGAUAGCAUAUAUUCUCUCCAUUAGGAACUUAUCCAAAAAGUGAUACUAUGUUUGGCUAAGUGUAUAGAAAUAAACACAGAAAGCCAACUCACUGAGAGACAAGAAUGAAGGAGAGAUCUAAACAGAAGCAGACAGUCCAAGACAGUAAGUAACCUUGUUGUAGAUAUUGCUGUUGUAGAUUUUCCAAUACCUCCCAAGUUAGCUCUCUUCUCUGAGUUUUUAGGAACUAAAAUGUGCUGUUUUAAUUAAUUUUCCUCUAAUAUAGCUUAAGAUAACUAAGUGGGUUUUUCUCUUGUUGUCAAAAGCAUGUCAAGAUAUUCUCGCAUGGACCAGUAAAUUAGACCUUACUAUUACUUCAAGAUUUUUAUUAUGGCUCUUCAUAUUGAUAUAAUUAAUAUUUGGGAUAAAAAAAGUUCUAGAAUAUUGGUAGCCUGUAGAGAACAAGGAGCCCUGUUGACACAGUGGUUAAGAUCUAUCGCACUCUACGGCCUGGUGUUCUAAGGCUGCUAACCAAAAGGUUGGCAGUUCGAAUCUACCAGCCUCUCCCUGGAAACCCUAUAGGGCAGUUCUGCUCUGUGCAAU